CCCUCCCUCUCUGAGGUGCUUGAAUGGGAUCCCAGUGUGAUCUGGCUCACAGGCGCCAGGCGGGAGGGGAGCACACAAGUUGUGGAGGAGCUCUGAGGCAGGAGCAGCCUGCUGCCCGACUUUCAUCGACAUUCCGCCGUCUGUCCGGCUCGCGCAGCCGUGCCAAACGUUUCGCGGUGCGUAAUUACGCACAGGAGAGACGGCGGAUCCGCCGCGGUUCUGGUUCUCUCUCCUUGGAACCCCCGUGGACACAAAGGACGCCAGGCAGGCUGGAGUACAACAACUGAGUUCAGUGUGUGGAGAAGAAGUCCUGGUGGAGGGGAAACGAGGGGGGGUCCGGACUCGGAAGUGAUUUGCCCCUUUUUUUUCUUCAGAACGCGAGUCGCGGAUUUCGGGAAGAAAAUCAGCAUUUUUGGACUGUGAGGGUAACGGAGCAGGAAGAGUUCGUGAGUGGAAAUAGUCCUUAAAAAUCAGCAUCAGAUCCUCGGAGCAUGGGAGGAGUUGUCUGCGAGCUGUAAAAUGUAUCCGCUACACCGUCAGAGGGAGCAGCCCAUCUUCAGCUCCAGAGCUCAUGUCUUCCAGAUCGACCCGGCCACCAAACGAAACUGGCUGCCCGCCAGCAAACACGCCGUCACCGUGUCCUUCUUCUAUGACGCCAGCCGCAGCGUCUAUCGUGUCAUCAGUGUGGGRGGGACUAAGGCCAUCAUCAACAGCACCAUCACUCCAAACAUGACUUUCACCAAAACUUCGCAGAAGUUUGGUCAGUGGGCCGACAGCCGGGCCAACACCGUCUACGGCCUGGGCUUCUCCACGGAGCAGCAGCUGCAGCAGUUUGCGGAGAAGUUCAGGGAGGUGAAGGAGGCGGCUCGGCUCGCCAGGGAGAAAUCCCAGGAGAGGUUUGAACUGGCCAACCCGGCGCUUAACAUCGCAGCUCCUCAGCUCUCUCAGGAACUGUCGGAGGAGCGUCACUCUCCUCCGCUGCUGUCAGUUAACGGGCCCGGAGAGGAAAAGCUGUUCCGCAGUCGGAGCGCUGAGGUGGAGCUGACGGUGGAGAAGGAGCGGGUCAAGAAGAUGCUGUCUGAAGGGUCCAUGUGUGAGAUAAACCUGGAGGCUGAACUGUUCACCCUGCAGGACAGUAACGCCAAGCUGGUGGCGGCGCUGCAGGAGGCCAACAGCAGCGUGGAGCUGUGGAAGAAGCAGCUGGCCGAGUACCAGGAGGAGACCGACCGGCUCCGAGAUCAGGUGGCAGAGCUGGAGACCCAGCUGGGACACCCAGCUGCGGGUCAGACAAGUAAAGAGGAACUGACUGAGUCACUGGAGGAGCUGGAAGCCCUGCUGAGAGCCAAAGACCAGGAAAUUCAGCAUCUACAGAGCAAGAAAACAGACGUGGGCGAGCUGGAGAAGGAGAAYGAAGAGGUCAUGCAGAGACUCCAGGAUGUGGAGAAACGAAACGCGGAGCUGGAGAGUCGAGUUCAGAGCGCUGAGAGAAUGCUGGCCGCCAACCAGGAGGAGCAGGAGCAGGCGGAGGGGGAAGUACGGCGGAUCAUUGAGGUUCUAGACAUUAAAAUCUGCGACCUGAAAGGRCUGAGAGAGAGCUUAGUCAAACUGGUCGAUAAGUAGCCGCAGCUGGAGCCCCGGGGUGCAUCUCCACAGUCGGCGUCCUCCACMCGGGGCUUGAUCUGGGUUCAACCGGUGCAGCAGCGGAGCAACGAUCAAAGCAAUACGGUGGAAAUCACGCCCAAGUUUCAGCUURGUUUUUUMUUUUUUUAGGAUCAGUGAAGAUAAACAGCAGRUGGUACACAACUCUUAAAGGUGCUACGUGGAAAACAAAUCAUGCAAACGUUUUUUUUUUAUCACCCGCCACCCCCGACUCACCUUUCUGAAAGCAUUAAAAGUGAAGUGUUAACUUUUCUGA